ACAUCCGCUAGGUUGGUGACCCCCAAAGCACUAAAUAAAUCACGAAUGUAAUGGGCGAGGUUACUGCAUGUAAACAUAAACAAAAAUUUGUCAAACCAUGAACAUUUUGUAUUAAACGUUUGAAACUAGUGCCUGCAGCAACGAUGGCUCUCGAAAAAGCAGCUGAAGAGUACUUCAGUAAGUUAAAUUCCAUGGCGCGACGUAUGUAUGUCGAUAUGCAAGAAACUAAAGGUGCUUAUGAAGACUUGUGGCAUACGAUAUCAGAGAAAGAACAAAAGGAGAUUCUCUCUGAAAGUAUUAUAACACCGGAAGCCUUACUUAAGUAUAAGCAAAACGAAAUUCAGACCAAUAUGACUGAAUACGCUGUUAAGCUCAUCAUAGAUGAGAAUUGCUCAUACACUGAUGAACAUUCAGGGCCUUUUAGUUUUAAGACAAGAAGCCAAAGAAACUUGAGCUUGUUUGAGAAGGAGAAGGAGCCUCAACCCAAACAAGCGCUCAAGAAGAAACCUAAGAAAACUAUUCAGAUUUUCUUGGAUGAAGACUUGCCAGAAUUCACUCAGGAAAACGAGACCAGUGGAAACACACUGCCUAAGACUGGACUUGAUUUUUUAGAUAACUGGUAGCUGUAGAGGCGCAACACCAAAGAUUUUAUAUUGUGCUUUUGUAUAUCACACAGUAGUGACAAAGAUUAAAAUGUUUUUGUAUUGGA